AUACUCGUCUGUUUUUUCUCCCCAGUUUCCUGAGCCCCUCAAGAUGAGUGAAGAAUCGAUCAUCCGGAUCCCCCCCUAUCACUACAUACAUGUUCUGGACCAGAACAGUAACAUCUCCCGCGUGGAGACCGGACCCAAGACCUACAUCCGGCAGGACAAUGAGAGGGUUCUCUUCCAGCCCCAGCGCAUGGUCAUGGUGCCGCCGCGGCAUUACUGCGUGAUCCAGAACCCGGUGCUGCGGGACGGAGGGCGCAGCGUGCAGUUCGAUGACGUGGGGCAGGCGAAGCUGCGUCACGGCGACCAGGAGAUCCGACUGACGCAGGACCCGUUCCCUCUGUACCCCGGGGAGGAGCUGCAGCAGAGAAUCACUCCACUCACCGUGGUCCUCGCUAACACCGCUUUGCAUCUGAAAGCUCUGCUGGACCUGGAAGACGACGACGAGAAGUUUGUGGCCGGGGACGAGUGGCUGUUUGAAGGACCAGGUACCUACAUCCCCAGGAAGGAGGUGGAAGUGGUUCAGACUAUACAAGCGACUGUGAUCCGGCAUAACCAGGCCAUCCGACUGCGCGCCCGCAAGGAGUGUCAGGACCGCGAGGGCCGGGACAGGGUCACCGGUGAGGAGUGGUUGGUGAGGAAAGUUGGCGCCUACCUUCCCGGGGUAUUCGAGGAGGUGGUGGAUAUCGUCGAUGCCUUCGUGCUGACGGACAAGAGAGCUCUUCACAUCCGAGCCACCAAGACGUUCCGCGAUGAGAAGCAGAACCUUCGCCGCACGGGGGAAGAGUGGCUGGUCACCAUGGAGGACGCCGAAGCCUACAUCCCCAAUGUGUACGAGGAGGUGCUGGGGGUCGUCGACAUCACGACGUUGAACAGCCGCCAGUACUGCGUCAUCCUGGACCCCGUGGGACCUGAUGGGAAGCCACAGCUGGGCCAAAAGAAAGUUGUGAAGGGGGAGAAGUCCUUCUUCCUGCAGCCGGGUGAGAGUUUGGAGUGUGGGAUCCAAGACGUGUUCAUACUCUCCGAGGAAGAAGGUCUGGUUCUGCGGGCUCUGCAGGUCCUGGAGGAUACGGAUGAGGACGGGAAUGAGGUGGAGCGCAAACCCGGAGAUCGCUGGAUGAUCCGCGGACCCAUCGAGUACGUGCCCCCCGUGGAGGUGGAAGUGGUGGUGAGACGCGAGUCUAUACCCCUGGAUGAGAACGAGGGGAUAUACGUGCGAGACAUCAAGACCGGGAAGGUGCGUGCCGUGGUGGGACACACGUACAUGCUCACCCAGGACGAGGAGCUGUGGGAGAAGGAGCUUCCGUCCAACGUGGAGACCCUGCUGGCCUCCGGCAAGGACCCGGUAGCUGACCGGUCCGCGCGGCAGAUGCAGAUGUCAGAAGCAGAGCCCAGGGACAAGACCCGGGCCGUCACCUACCGCGUCCCUCACAAUGCGGCCGUGCAGGUCUAUGACUAUCGGGAGAAGAGGGCCCGGGUGGUCUUUGGCCCCGAGUUGGUGAUCCUUGGCCCCGACGAGCAGUUCACAGUCCUGAGCCUUUCUGGAGGGACCCCCAAACGCUCUAACGUCAUCAAAGCCAUCUGCCUUCUCCUGGGUCCGGACUUCUGCACGGACCUCAUCAACAUCGAGACCGCAGACCACGCUCGGCUGCAGAUUCAGUUGUCCUACAACUGGCAUUUUGACAUCGUCGAUAAGACUAACGCGGCCGAGGCUUCCAAGAUCUUCAGUGUCCCGGACUUCGUGGGCGAUGCGUGCAAGGCGAUCGCGUCGAAGAUCAGGGGCGCUGUCGCAUCGGUGCAGUUCGAUGACUUCCAUAAGAACUCCAAUCGGAUCAUCUGCUCGGCCGUCUUCGGGUUUGACGAGUCCUUGAAGAUUCGAAGCUCCUUCAAGUUCCCCCAGAAUAACCUGGUUAUAACCAGCGUGGACAUUCAGUCGGUGGAACCCGUGGAUCAGAGAACGCGCGAUGCUCUGCAGAAGAGCGUCCAGCUGGCCAUUGAAAUAACCACCAACUCGCAGGAGGCCACAGCCAGGCACGAGGCCGAGCGAUUGGAGCAGGAGGCUAAGGGCCGUCUGGAGAGGCAGCGAAUCACAGACCAGGCGGAGGCCGAGAAGGCUCGCAAGGAACUGCUGGAGUUGGAGGCUCUCAGCACCGUGGUGGAGAGCACCGGAGCUGCGAAGGCCGAGGCGCAGUCUAAGGCCGAGGCGGCCAAGAUCGAGGGAGAGGGAGCCGUCCUGCAAGCCAAGCUCCGUGCCGAGGCCCUGGCCAUUGAAACGGAGGCCGAGUUGGCGCGGCUGCGGCAGGCGAGGAGCGAAGAGCUUCGCUACACUCAGGACAAGAACAAGCUGGAGGUGGAGAAGGCGCAGCAGCUGACGGAGCUGGAGAUCCGCAAGUUCCGCGAGAUGACGGAAGCCAUCGGGACGUCCACCUUGAGGGACAUCGCGCUGGCUGGACCUGAGCUGCAGGUGAAGCUGCUGCAGGGUUUGGGAAUCCAGUCCACGCUGAUCACGGAUGGAGCGUCUCCUAUUAACCUCUUCAGUACAGCGCACGGGCUGCUCGGCCUCACCUCCAAACCUAUAACGGGGAAGGAGUCUGAGUGAUACUCGCUGCCGCUCUCCUGCCGCUCAGGAACGGGGUCUCCGGGGACUGCGACGUACCCCACGAAUGUCAAAGAAAUCCUUCCUGUGCGUCACUUUGUACCCCCAGCCCUUUUAACCCCUUCUGUGUCUCACCGCAGCCUGCCCUGCGGUGUCCUCUGACGCGUUAACCCCUUCCUACCUGACCGGCCGCGGCCCGCGCACUGUAACGUUACUCCAAUAUUUGCACUUUCUGGGUAUUUGAUUUGUACUCGCUGUAAAUGCUGUUUUAUACCCCGUGCCUUACUUUACCUGCCCCCAAUAGGGGGUCGGGGGCCGCAACCCCGGUGCUGCCUGCGGGGGUCUCACACCAGGGUGACAAUCACAAUAAAUCUUCUCUCUCUCUC